AAUACUUCCUUCUUCUUCUGCCUCUAAACAUGGCGGAGGUCAGGCAGCGAUUUGGUAGGGCUGCCUAUGACUUGGUACUGAAAAUAAGCAACAGACACCGCCUGGAAAGUCAGAAGAAACACAGUAAAACCUUUAUGAGUUCUUCGUCUCUUUCGCCGGGAUUCCUGCCUGACAAUAAUCGAAAUGGCGAGUUGUGUGGAGCCCAAAGUGCUGCAGGGAGAGUGACCGCUGGAGUUUCACAGGACACUUCUUAUACAACAGGGUUCGGUCAUGUUGACCAUGUCUGUGAAAAGGAAAACAACGCCGAACACAGCUUUCACCUUGGACUCAAAAGGUGUUCACUUUCUGACAAGACCUGGGUUCAAAAUAUAGAAGGAAAUUGUCCUCAAUACAAAAGCAAUGCCGUGUUUAAGAGGACCUGCUGCACGUCCAGGACUGCUCCAUCGAAGAGACGUGGAGAGUUUGUGUUUGUCAGAGCAUACAGCGGGACCCGCUCCGAGCCCCUUCACAAAACCAAAACAGGCUAUUAUGAAAUCCUGGAGGUGACAUCUAACGCCACUCAAGCCCAGAUAAAAACAGCCUACUACAAGCAGUCCUUCAUCUACCAUCCGGACAGAAACGCCGGCAGCGACGACGCGACUGUCCGCUUCUCUGAGAUCAGCGAGGCCUACACCGUGUUGGGAAACAAGGCUCUGAAGAAGAAGUACGACCGGGGUCUUCUGAGUCAGUCAGACCUCACCGCGUCAGUCAGACCCUCCUCCGGCCGGGACGCCUCAGGGAGCACCGCGGGGCAGCAAACCGGGAGCCGGCGGCACUCGGUGCUGGACGGAGACGACCGAGGGGGCGUCUUCGAUUUCGACAAGUUCUUCAAGGAGCACUACGGCGAGCAGCUGCAGAGACAGAAAGACGUCAGUGCCCGCAAAGAGGAGCUUCUGAAGAGGAAGCACGAGUCAAUCGCGGAUAAGAAGUUGAUCGGGGUCACGGAGAUGGGACUGAUGGUGAUGCUGUUGAUGGCCGUGGCUUUAAUCAUCAGUUUAAAACGGGGUCACUGAGUGAUGUCAGAGGACGAGGGAUGUUAUUUCUAGACAGGAAUACUAGGAACCUUACCUGAACUAAUGUGUGUCCUCUUACCUUCAGGAAACAGUGACCUAAAAAUAAAAAAAUGUAGUGAACCAUAGAUGAUGAACCAUCAUCUUUGGGGGUAACUGUGCAAUUUAGAAAGACCACUCCUCCUCCUCCUGGAAAAAACUGCGAAUCAAACACUGAACUGUAGGUGCUUAUGUUAAAGUCACUCACUCUGCAGCAUCUCAGCACAGGACUGGUGUUCAAUAGUUGUGUGCUUACGAUGGUGUCUUCUUUGUUACUACACCUGUAAGUUUACACACAUCUAUUGUGAUCGCCUGCAGUAAGAAUGAUCUCAUCUAAAAAAUAGUUUCAGUUCUAGUUCUGAGGUGUUUCGAAGGACUUUUUGUUAUUGUUGCAAUUAACAAAGGAGACAAAAAAUGACUUUCUUAAAAACAAGCAGAAAUGAAAAUACAUCUUCAAAUGAUAAUAUAGUCUGACAAAAGAACAAGGAACAGGAUUAUGAAUCAGACCAGGUACUUUUCAGGUUCUGAUAGGGAUACACUACUGAGCACCAAGCUCUACAGAAGAUUAGUUAAACCCUCUGCUGUGCCGUGUCUGCAGUCCUUAAAUGCGUCCCACCAUCUGGUAUGAACACAGAAGUAUUACUGUUUGAUUUACAACCGGGCUGCUAGUACUUGUUGUAUGUUUUGACUUUUAUAAAGUCAUCUGGGAAGCAGACGUCUUUAUUUUUAAAGUUUUAUCAAGUACCAAUUAUGUUUAAAUGUAUUGCUAUUUAUUUAAAAUAUUUGUAGCAAUAUAAAAAGGUGAAGAAUGUGUCGAUGAGCUUUAUUUCAUUAUUGGAACAGUGGCUGUAUAUUCACAUUGUUACAUUAAAGAAUGUGCCUUAAAUGAUAUCUAUAAUGAAAUUCACAGAUUUUAUUGUCAAAAAUCUUAAUAAAAGAUUUGAUGAGC